UGACUACAUGCUGAACCGAUGAUAUAUAAACUUCCCUCGGCUCAUUACAACCUGAUACUCAUACAUUUACCCUCGCUCUUCCCGCGGUCGGUGUCUUGUUUUUAUUUCUCAACGCGGUAUGGAGCCCGGCGAAGGCAGUUUUCUCAGAUUUUGUUGUUUUGUUCGAUCUUUUCAAUGCGAAAGGGUUCCUUGUGACCUUUUGGUUCGCGCAUGCGAGGCAAAGCCAACUUGGUCAUCAAGUGGAGAGGUAGUUGAGAAGCUACCGCUGGAGGCCGGGGUUCCAGAAUGGCUUGUCGAUUUCUACGAUACCAACAAAUCUUUGUUCCAUAAUCCGGACAUUGGAGCACGUAUUGGAUGCAUGGAACUCAUAGUCGAGAAUGGUGUUCCAUACUUUGAGGUAGCAAAAGCAAGGCAGCCCGAACUUGAGCUCUAUCAGCUUUUAUCAAUCGCCGAUGAACGCUCCAUGGCCCAAGAGCGUAUUACUGUUGUCCUACAAGCAUUUCCUUCCAUCAACAUCGAGAUAAUUGGAGAAGAAAUUGUUGACAGGUUGAUGGAUAUCGCCACGAGAUCUGUCCUGCCAUUGCUCUCAUGUGUCACGGACGCAGAUAUCAAAGACUGGCUGCUGCCGAAUAACCACAGGGAGUUGGAGUCACACGUGUUCUCUCUCUUAGAGUUCCUGUAUCAGGUUAUUGCUAUCUUGGGCAUUGAACACCCCUUACUUCCGUUAUCAUUACCAGAGCGAAUAUUGAGUAUUGUUCCUCACGGUACGGGAAAUGACUGUAUCGCGUACCUUCAGAAGAUGGCAGACAUCUGGAAUCGAUCCCCAUACAAUGGUCAAAAUGCACUACAGUGCAACUUUUUAUCCUCUGAAGCCAGGGCUGACGAAAGAAGUCACGCCAUGCUUGGGUAUCUUUUAUCACUGCAAGAUGGGCAUUUUGCUGAAGCUCUAUCCACUUGGCAGCCUCUGCUAUCUAAUAGACCAUCCAAGAUGGAGUACUUGGCAGCGAUCAGCUUCUGCGACCAGUCGCGCCUAUCUUUGAUUGGGAAACCAGCCUUUCUCACAUUUGAUACCUGGGUAUUGGAAGGUCUCCUGCGUUCGCGACGGAAGCAACACGACCAAGCUGCGAAAGUCCUGGAGGCGACAAGGGUGGAACUCAUGUCCCGGUACAGACCAUGUUCCAUGCAGGUCGGAAUAGUCAUAGCCGAGCUCGCUAAUUGCUACAAUAUCCUCCGUCGAGAGGCACUGGCCGAGAUUACUUUGACGCCAACUCUCGAAGUACGACUAGCUUCAAAUCUCUCCAAUCGACGGGAUGGGAUCUAUCUCAGGUUGGCACUGGCCGAUUCCUUUAUAGGUCAGGCUAGAUACCAGGAUGCGGUGCCAGUACUCGAGAGCGUCAUUGAUAAGCCCAAUAUUUCAGCAACAUUUCGUAUGAUGAGCGCACUUCGUCUGGCAAGGUCACGGCGCAGGAUGCAUGACAACGCACAGAAGGCAUUUGAACCAAACAGCCCACUGUGGACAGGACUUUCACUCCUUGGCAGUGUGCCUGAAGUUCUUGUGAUGGAAUAUUUCGAAGAACUAGGUUGCAGCAUUUCAGAGAUACCGAACAGGCAGAUGGAUAGCUCAAGGAAUACGCAGGAGCUGAUAGAAGCAGUCAACUCCGUACUGUGUACAUCAAGCUCUCUAUCAGACAAACCAUGCUGGGAGUGGUAUGCAAAAUGUCAACAAGAAUUUUUGGGGCAAAUCACAAAAGCCACAAAGACAAACAAAGGGAAAGAAAGAGAAGAGGUUCUACAAAACGAAGAUCUGCAUAGAAUGGGGACUCCAAUUUCCCCCCAGACUUCUCCUUGUCUUCCUCCUCGAGUAGACGAUCACAAGUCCGAUGAUGAGGGACCUUGGUCAGAGAGAUUAGUCUUGUCAUUUGAUGGUGGAGGAGUUCGUGCUAUAUCCAGUCUAUUAAUUUUGAAGCGCAUCAUGCACCAAAUUAUGGUACUUGAAUUAACUCACCCCGACGGCCCAUCCUACUCAUGUGGCUCAGUCCCGUGGACAGAAGAUGAAAGUGGUGUACCGGAGUUACCAAAAGAGUCCGACAGGGUUGAUGGAUUUCUUCCCUGUCACUACUUUGACUACAUGGCUGGGACAUCAACUGGAGGUCUGAACAGCAUCAUGUUAGGCAGGGUACGUAUGACCGUCGACCGGGCUAUCGAUAAUUUUAUCGACUUCGGCAAUAGCGUUUUUGGUCAUCUUCAAUUGUUCCACGUCACAUCAGCAUACUUCCGCCCGCGAGCCAAAUAUUCAGCUGUUAAAGCUUGCGAAGCUUUCAAAAAGAUCGUUACGAGCAGGUUUCCCAGUACAUUAAGUGAAGCUCUAUCACUUGUAUCUUUGUGCCCAUGGGCAACCUUUGUGAUGGACGGAGGUUGCACUAAAACGAUGGCCAUUUCUUAUCGUGUUGAUGAUAAUGUUGAAAAAGCGCACAUCUGGAGAAGUUACGAUUAUCCUGAUAGCAACACAUGUUUGGACCGCUCAGCCGAGAUUUGGGAGGUUGCGAUGGCCACUUCCGCCACUCCAGGCUACUUUAGCCCGAUAAAGAUCAACGGAGCUACAUACAUAGAUGGAAGUUUGGUGGCGAAUAACCCUUCAUACAGGGCCCUUCGAGAAGUUUCAUCAAUUCACAGCAAGGCUCCAGUCGUUUUUGUCAACAUCGGGACAGGUAGACAGGUCGGGACCAAUGUCAUUUUUAGAAGUGACGCAAAAUGGCGAGACCGUCCCUGGAGCGAAAGACUUCAGCACCCGAACAGACUUUUUCAAUAUACCACCACAGAGUUUUACGCUGAAACUGAAACCAAGGAAUGGCUAGAGCUUGCUGAGCGUAUGGGACUAGAAAAGGCAUAUAGGCUCAGUGUCGAAGGAGAUCUGCAAACGAUUCCCUACGACGACUGGCGUCCGGCUGGUACAGGAAAGAAAACACUCCAAAAGAUCACAGAUUUCACAGAAGAGUAUCUCCGCAAAGACGAAGUCAGAGAUAUUAUUAAUAGUAUUGCCCAUGAGGCUGUUAGGAUUCGACGUGCACGAGCAAUAACAGGGCGAUGGGAGGCCUUUGCAAAGGGGUAUGCAUCUGAUUCCGAAUGGAUUAAUGCAGAUCGGUAG